ACAAGAGAAUCUUGAAAGAGAGAAAGAGUUUGAUUUGAUUAAAAUGGGGAAGAGGUGUGAUUUAUGUAACGGUGUUGCAAGAAUGUAUUGCGAGUCAGAUCAAGCUAGUUUAUGUUGGGAUUGCGACGGUAAAGUUCACGGCGCUAAUUUCUUGGUCGCUAAGCACACGCGGUGUCUUCUCUGUAGCGCUUGUCAGUCUCUUACGCCGUGGAAAGCUACGGGGCUUCGUCUUGGCCCAACUUUCUCCGUCUGCGAUUCAUGCGUCGCUCUUAAAAACGCCGGCGGCGGCGGUGGAAACCGGGUUUCAUCGGAGAAUCGAGGUCAGGAGGAGGUUAAUAGUUUCGAGUCCGAAGAAGAUCGGAAUAGAGAAGAUCACGGUGACGGUGACGGCGCGGAGUCUUACGAUGAUGAUGAGGAGGAAGAUGAGGAUGAAGAGUACAGUGACGAUGAGGAUGAUGAUGAUGAUGUUGUUGAUGAUGAUGAAGAAGCUGAGAAUCAAGUUGUGCCGUGGUCUGCGGCGGCGCAACCACCUCCGGUGAUGAGUUCUUCAUCUUCUGACGGUGGAAGCGGAGGUUCGGUUACGAAGAGGACGAGGUCUAGGGAGAAUUCAGAUCUUCUCUGCUCCGAUGAUGAGAUCGGAAGCUCUUCUUCAGCUCAUGAGUCAAACUAUUCUCGGCCGUUGAAGCGAUCGGCGUUUAAAUCAACGGUUGUGGUUUAACUGAUUGAACGGCGCCGAUACAUCGUCUUCUCUGAUCUUUGCGAUCUCCAAAACAAGGAGAGAUCUCAGCCGUUGAUUCCUCUUUUUUUUCCUUUUAAGUAAAUCACCACCGUUUAUUUUCUGACAAUACUUGUUUUAGUUGAUGAGGUAGUUCUUUUUUUCUUUCUUUGAUCCUUUGUCGUACAAAAUCAAUUUUAAAGUUUUUA